AUGAGUCUAAGAUUAGAACUUUUGAGAUGGGUCAAUGAAAAAUGUCCAUCCAUGAAAGCAAGCAAUAUUGAAAGCCUCUCUGACGGAAGACAUUUCUUAUGUUUAUUGAGAAAAUACUUUCCAGACAUAGAAGUUCCUUAAUUUAAAAAAAGCUCUUCAAUUAUAUAAAGAAUGGAAUCUUUAAAUCUUGUGGCCUUAUAUUGCCAAAAAUUAGAUGCUUCAUUCAAAAUAGAUGUGCUUAAAAUAGCAAACAAAGAAGCUAAUACAAUUCUAAAUAUGCUAAAAUUUCUCAAAUCAAUUCUAGAUAAAACACCUAUUAAAAAUUCAAUUAUUUAGGAAGAGUUUUAAACUAUAUCAAAAGUAUUAGAAAAGGAUAAUCGCAAGAUUUGUGAGGAAGUUCCUGCUCCAUAGGUUCAAAAAACAUAAGAUGAUGAAACUCAAACUCCUGAAAUUAAAGAAGAUUUGAAUUCAUUACAUCAGUUUUAAUUUUAGCUUAAAAGACUUAUGUCCUUAAAAUUGUAACAUCCAUUUUUGGAAUUAGAACUUCUAAGAAUGUUAGAUUUUGAUCAAGAAGUUGCUGACAUGUUAUAACAUUAUCAAUUAGCAGUUUAAAAAAGAAGUAAAAAUUCAAAACAUACUGAUUAUCAUUCUAUUCAUAGCAGUUAAUUUUAUUAUAGAGGUGAAGCUAAUUUACUUGAUGUAGAUUAUUCAUUUGAUCAAUAAUAAGCUAGUAAAAGAAGCACAGAAUUUGAUAAUUUAUUUUAAGUGAGUGAUGAAAAGUUUAAUUUAUGA